AUGGAUUUGCGCACCAUCAUGAACACCGACGGUGGUGCAUCCAAAGCCAACGCACCACCGCCCAACCAGUCUUCUAGUCCCCUCUCAGAUCCAUCUCAGAAACAGCGCACUCAAUCGGCCUGUUCGGAAUAUCCAUCACGCCCCCCGCAGCCUCCAUUGCAACAUCCACCGCGUGCCUCGCCCGAACGAUCCUCGCCCUACGGCCCUACCCAAUCGCCAUACCAGCAGCAGUUCAACGCCGGACCUCCUCCUCCGAUCAACACAGCCGUACAAUCCCAAAGAAGUCAAAGCCCUACACAAUUCUCCACUCCCUAUGGCCCCGGGCCGCGCGAUGUAUACGGGGCAUCGGUGUACAAUUCGCAUCCUCAACACCCCGCGGGCCCCUUGGCCUCACCAUAUACACCACAGCCCAUGAGCGCAGGGGUCCAGCACACUGAGCCGGCAUCAUAUUUUGCCCAACAGCGUUCUCAUUCCCUUCACAGUGUUAUGGCAAACCCGCGCCCGAUCACCCGAGACAGUCCGCCUUCCGUCCCCCAGCCUCAUCCAUCGCAUCAAUUUUCUCCUUCCGCCCACCACUCGCUCCCGGGAACUCCUUUAGGUCCUCCACCUGCUUUCAUAUCCCGUCAAUCACCUUCAUCCGCACGUCCUCAAUCAUCCGACCACGACUCCCCGAGAAAUCCACUGUCAAGUUCCCAAGCCCUCCAGGACGUUCAAGCUCGAGAUCAUUCACAAUUGUCGUCGCCUUCAAGACAACGUCAAUUCUCCCCCAAUACCCGACCGAACGAAUCCACACCUUCAUUCCAACCCACGGGCGUCAAGCAAGAGCCAUUAGAGACUGCAAGUCCUGAGUCUUCUCGGCAAAACAGCAUUACAGCAAACUCUGAUUCCGCUGGAGCUGGUCCGCGUCGCCCAUCUGAGGAUAGGUGGAACGAGAGUCCUACAGCACUAUUUCAUUCUAGACCGGGGUCAGAUUCACGCGCCUCGCCUAUUGCAACCACUCAUGCACAGAUGAACAGCUCGCCAACAGCCUCGCGUAGUGGUUCUCAAUUCAAGAUGGAAAUCGACCACGAAUCAAGCCAGCUGCCAAAACCAAAAAGGAGGCGAUACAACGAGCCUCCCAUUUAUGCGCAGCGCAGCGCUCGCACGAAAGGCAGAUGUCCAGUGAUCCCAAACCCCCAGCCCCCUAUUCCCAAACAUGCAAGGCAAUUGCAUGAAGAGCGACAGCUCAGCCGCCGAGCUUCCUCCGCGACCGGACCUGCAAUUACCGCCGUCACUCCUACAUCUGCUCGAACACCAGUUGCAGCGCCAACAAGCACCAACGGUCCUCCCACACCGGCAGUGCCUCUAGCGCCUCCAGCGCCGGUUGCAACAUCCGCACCGAGCAGCAACAACACCAGCAGGACGAAGCCGGUCGGAAUUUUGGGUCCGUGGGAGCCAUCAAUCACAGGACUCAUUCCCUACGAAGAAGUCACGAAGCUUCUCUGCGAUUUUCUCUUCCAACAUGUGGUCAUGAGAAACGAUGUAGGAGCUGGAUCAGCGGGCUCCGCAGCUGCCGGCCAAGGCACAAUCAUCGAGAUAGAAGGGAAAUUGGGCCAUGUCAUGGACAUGGAUAGAGGAGAGAGGCUGAAUUUGCCGAUUCUCACUGAAACUGUCGUCAACCGAGAUAUUCCACGAUUCCGAACAUCAUUCGAGAGCAGUAUGACCGUUGAACAACAUCGAGCGAUGAACAACUACCUUAACGAACAAGUCAAGGCUUCCAUGGGCGGUCCCAACUCCCCUCGUGUUCCCAUCUCCUACGCACACAAAAAGGAACGUGAUACCUUUUACGAAGUCUCGCCCGCCGAUCUCCCUCCCGUCAUCCGCCAGAACCUGAACCCUCGCCACAAACCAAAAGUCCGGGUGACAACAGACCAACGGACUGGUGAAGUGCUCGCAAAGAUUGUCAAAUGUCGGGUUGCCGAUAUUGAUGUGUGUAGCCCACGCACAACCGUCGACUGGCGCGUGAGCGUGAAUCUAGAAAUGGAGUAUGAAGGCGAUCAUCGCAACUUGCCGCUAGUGGACAUGUCUAAAGGUGGCCGUGGUGAGCGAAACAAGGACCGCAUGAGCUAUCGACACUUGGCCUACCAAGUUGAUUUGACCCAAGUAGCCCAAGCUGAGCCUCCGACAAAAAAUGAAUUCGAACACGAGCUCGAAGUUGAAGUGUCCGCCGCUGAAAUCCGCCGACAGGGUCAACUUGCCAUGAAUGGGGACCCGACUAAUCAGUACGAGGAGUUGGUAAAGGGAUUUGUGGAUAAUAUUCGCGUGCUGGCACGAGCGGUGCCACCUUGA